AUGGCUUACUAUUCUCGGACGGCCGUCGUGUUUGCACUGCUGCUGCAAGCGGCGUCAUCGGCGCAUCGUCUCGUCGCGGGCUACUCUUGGCCGCUCAGUGAAGCAGCAAGCACCCGCCGCGAGAUGGCCAAGGCGCCUGCCACAUGCCCCAACGGCGUUGCCUGUCCGGAAGGCGCGUCAUGCGCGGUGGACGGCCUCGGAUUCCCCUUCUGCAAGUGCGCGGCCGGGCAGGCCAUAAUCAACGGCGUGUGCGCGACGGCCGCGAGCUGGACGGCGGUGGGCACGAGCGUGGCGCUCUACAAGCACGCCAAGUGCAAAGUCAACGCCAGCGACGUGGAACCGCUCGCGGUGCUGCGCGCGCCGCCACCCAACACUUCGACCUGCGUGACCGUGCCCAGCGGGUUCAAUGGCACACUACUAGGGUGUCUGCGCAUCCUGUGGAACGUGAAUGACGGCGCGCCGGAUCACCUGGUGUGCGGCAAGGUCGUGUUCUGGGACCAGCCUGACUGCACCGGCUUGAGUACGACGGUUGAGAUUGCUGGCGGUUGGACCAAAACCAACCCUUCUAAGUUCAACACAGCCACCGAAAUCCAGAUGUCAAAACGUUUUGUCAAGACCCAGUCCUUGUCGUGUCUGGCUGCCGUCAUGCCGCCUUUCGCGGGCCUCUGUGCCACGGCGUCAUGCCCGACCAACUCCCAAUGUACCCUCAAGAACAGCUCCUUCGCUCAGUGCACGUGCGACCCUGGACUCAUCAGGGACGGCCCCGCAUGCGUUGACCCGUGCUCUCUCAAGGAUUGUGGCGAGGGUGGCACUUGUGUCAAGCUACCUAACAGGCAAUUGUAUUGUGAUUGCAAGCAAGGCUACGAGAUGGAGGGAGUCUCGGGGAGUUGCAUUGGACAAGGCCAAUGCAAGAACUGCCUUCAGAGCACCUUGGGCAGCAACUCUCUACCAUACACUUACUGCGCCCCUGGCUUCAACAUCCGCUCUGGCACUUGCGCGCCAGGCUUUCUUCCUGAUGUGGCUGACGUCAGCAUCAGCGUCUUCAGUUCAUUAGGCUUCGGCACAACGAGUCCUCCUUAUGUCUUCCGCCUGAAGCCCUUCACUUGUGUCACCAUCCCUGACGCGGUUGUGACCACUGCCAAGUCGCUUGGCAUUCUGUAUCGUGCCCCUGGAUCGUACAUGCGAUGCGCGGCGGUCGUCUAUUACGUUCAGCCAAACUGUGGUGGAACGCCAAUGAGAGCAGAUGUGCCCGCUGGCAAUGACAUUACCGAAUUAGCGCUGCC